AUUUUAUCGUUCGAGGGAGUUCCCAAUCGUCAUCGUGUUGAUCGUUCAAGCAUUGGAGAUGGCAGGGAACACCCAAUUUGUUUAUCAGAGGCGUGUUGAAAUAGAUGAAUUAUUAGAGCAAUGUACACCGUAUUUACGAAAGAAUAUAAACCCAAUGGAAAUAGUUCGUGAUCUGUUAGAUUUGACACAGUUCGAUAGACAACAGAUUGAAUGUCAGACAAAACGAGAGGGGAGAUAUUCGGGGGAUGGACAAAUUAUUGGAAUGCAUUGCCAGACGUUCUAGGGAAUGUUUCUUUGAUUUUCUGGUACUGUUAGAAAAAUAAGAAGUAUUCAAAAAAAUCUGAUUUUGUAAUAAAGGAAGCAAAUCUAACCUCCUCGACAGAAUUACUUGAAGCAAGAAAUCGUUAUAAUGAACGAUAUGGAGAGAACGUUGAGUGUUUACCAAGACAACCGCAGUGUGCCGCUGGUGAUUUGUCAGGAAUUACACAAAAUAACACACCUAUUUUUUGUGAAUAUCCCGUGACAGAAUAUCCACCCAUCCAACCCCAUCAACAGCAUGCAGUACAUAAUGCUGGUAGAGACCAGGGCAUUGGUAUCAGCAACUAUCCUAUGUUGCAGCCUAUGCAAAAUGUCCCAGGUGGAACAGACAUACUUCGACCACGUCUCCCAGGGAAUGAUGACCACCAUUCAAAUAUUCCAAGACAGCAUGGACGUUAUGCCAGCCUUCUCCUCUUUUAAUCUUGGUCAAGGAGGAGGCCAGGGAGGUCGAGGAAUUCCAUUCAGAGAAAUGGAUUCCAUGAAAAAAAGAAAGGAUGAUUUUGAAAUUGAUGUAACUCCAAUUAACCAAGCAGGCGUGCAAAUAAAUCCAGAAAGCAGGGGUUUUUCCGAUUGAGUCUAUACAGGAUAAUUUUGUUGAGCAAGGGCAAUGCAGCAUUACCCAGAGAUGUUGAUAAUACAAGCCUGCUUGAACCAAUCCCUACAAGGAAUCCCCCUCAUAUACAGACUUAUCAAAGUGAUGGUCAACAAAGAGUUGGAAUAGCUGGUCAAAUGGACCCUAGACAAAAUAUAUUAAGACAAAAUCUCACACCACCAAUACAAAGAGAUCAACCUGUGCCAAUUAGCCAUCAACAAGGAGUGCUGAGAAAUUUACAAGACGAUAAAGCCAUUGGGGAAUCUCCGAGAUGAAAUCUUCAGCAAGAUAGGGACAGUGUUGUCUCGUGGAGAGGGGUCACCAUCAUGGAGGAAAGUUGGGACAAAAGGCUGGCAUUACGAGAAAAGAAAUGAGAGAUAUUGAAAAGAAAGAAUGUCCUGCUGAGUCAUUAUUGGACAUGCUUCAUGACAACUAUAACUUGACAGUGAAAGAACUACGAGAUAUUCUACGACAAACGGAGUGCUAUGAAGCUUUACAAAUUCUUGAAGGAAGAGGAACACAGUUUCAGCCAAACAUUGACGUUUCUGAUGACGAAAAUAUUAAAGUAAACAAUUUAAGCCAUCUUGGAGGAAGAUCCGUUCGAAAUGAAGAUAAAACCUCUGCUGAUUUCAACAUAGAGUUAUCAGAAAAAGAAGGACCAGAAAAAGUUAUAGAAAACAUAUCUGCUCCGUUUUGUAGAGAGCCUCAAGAGCAUGAACAUUUUAAAUGUGAAGCUUAUCCUGAGUCAUCUUCAUCAGUAUCAGAAAGCGACUCAAAGUCCAUACAAAGUAACCAGCUUGAUUCAGAUGUAAUACAAUCAAGUGAAAAUCAGGUCGAAACAACUAUUGACCCAGUUGAAGCAGAAACAGACCAAGAGAAUAAAAAUGCAAAAAUGGAUGCAGUGUGUCUUUCUGAAGAUAUUUCUGCAAAUUUAAGUGAAGGAAACAUUACCGAUACAGCAAUGGAGUGUGUCACUACAGCAUCUGUCAUUUCAAACAAAAUACAGAAUUGGAAUCCUGAAUCGACGGAGGAAGGUGGGGAAGUAUCCGGCAUACAGGCACAAGGAGAUGCCAACCUUUUACAUAGUGAAAAGCCACCUGACCAGGAAAUGGUACGGCUUCAACAGGAAAUUCAGACACAGCCAAACCUAUCAAGCUUUCGUGACCUCCAGCGCAGUGUUCCAACUGAACUUGGUGAAGUAUCUGUUUUACAAGCCCAAGGAGAUGCCAACUUCGUGCGUAGUGAAAAGCCACCUGAUCAGGAAAUGGUACGGCUUCAACUGGAAAUUCAGACACAGCCAAACCUACCAAGCUUUCGUGACCUUCAGCGCAGUAUUCCAGCUCACGAGAAUGAUAGACUAAGCACUUUACCUGCUUCAGAACAAAACCAAAACAUAACUAGAACCAAUGUUUCCCACUACCAGGGUUUUGAAGACGGACAGAAAAGUGAUGCUAGGAACUCGGACAUGAGCCAGAUGUGUAUUGUUGAUAGAAAGUCAAAGAACGAAAUCAAAGAAGAUUUUUCUUUGGUUGGGAAGCAGGUGAUUCAACCAAAUCCUGAACUUACUCCACAAGAAGUUUCUAACUGUGGGAGUAAUUUGGAUGCAUGUGCUGUCAUGGCAGAAGGCGAUCAGAAUUUAAAACAAAGUGCACUUCCUCCAAAUUUAGAUCAUCAAAACUUUAAAAGGGAAAUUGGAACACAGCAAAGCACAGUCGAAGAUUGCCCUGAACAGUCACAACAGAGCAAUUCAAAUACUGGUGUUUCUGAAGCCCAUCAAGGAGAGGCAGAUUCUCUACGGAAUCAAAACAGCUUCAGAGAUAUUCAGCAUUCUGUCCCUGAAUACAGAACCGGGGACUUGGAGAAUCCCAACUCCAGUUUACCCAGGAAUGUAGACAGCCUUGUUAUGGAUGAGGAGGAAACCUUUCUUAAAGAAAGGCACAGGCCAUUGUUAAAGUAAUGGAUUAAAAAGGAUUUGAACAGACCUUCACCCAAAAUGAAACUUUGGAAAAAUAGGUUUUGUUUGGUAUGCUUAGCCUUGUUGUACAAUGUUCUACUGUAUUGUUACAUAAUUGAGUUCGCAAUGAUGAAUUUCAAUAUAAAUUAUUUGUAUUUUCAACAUUUUUGUAUCAAUUACCCUGACUUCAUCCAUGGAUGGAUUUAAUGAAAUUUUGUGUUUAGAAAAAAAUGUAUCUAGAGUUUCCUAAUGUAGCUUAUAUGAGCUAUUUAUAUGUUGAAAGAAAUUAAGAAAAACCAAAGUUCCUUUGCUACCAUGUUCCUAAAUCAUAUGCUUAGCAAAGUAUCGUCACAACUGCAUUGCAAAAAUUUUAUGUUGUAAAAACCUUUUGAUUUUUCUAGUUUUAAAACUGCAACGGAAUUAAUGAAAACAUUAUGGGAAGAAACUCUUAACUAUAAUCUUUCAGUGUGCAAAGUUUUGCUAAAAUCGACCCAUCAUCAAAUUCAGAAAAAUUCAUUGAAAAAUGUGAUAUGGUUUAUAUUGUAAGAUGUGACAUAGAAGAAUGAUUUUUUGGUGAAUUUUGUCAUACUACAUGUACCUUUGUAUAUAAUGAUUUUUUGGUGAAUUUUGUCAUACUACAUGUACCUUUGUAUAUAAUGAUUUUUUUAAAGUAAAAAUAGUUGACAGGAACCCAUAGAGAAUAAUAUAAAUAAUUUUCUCUAUAAUGAAAAGUUGACAUGAAAUAUACAGGUGAUUGAAUGUUUGGGCGAAAUAUCUUUUCAUGGGACCAUUUGUUAUGUAUACCAUAUUUAAGCUGUUAAGCACUCAUGCUUUUAUAAGUGUACUGCCACCUUUCACCUAUAAAAAAGUCCCUAACCUCACUGAUCUGCCCAUAUAAUCUUCAGUCUUUGAACAAAAUAUGCAAAAUAUUUUUUUUGCUGCAUAAAAGUAUGUAAAUGAAAAUAAAGUUAUUUUUUCCAUGCAAAUUUCCCAUACAAAUUUUUCUCUGUACAAUGGUUUAACAAGCACCCAUUUGUGUUUUUGUAAGUGCACAGUGGGCUCAAUAGGUUUAAUACAGUAUUAUUGUGUUAAUCGAUCAUAAUAAUUCUAAAUCAUAUAUUUUUUUUUUUCUGUAGUUUAAACCCUUUGGAGAGAGGACAAAUUUUAAUUGCUUUUCUUUAGAUUUAUGUAGAUAUUUUGAAUAUUAUUAUAAUCUAUUCAUCUUGACAUGAAAUGGUCAUUGACCUAAAUAAAUGAUUGUGCUACCAUUUGUUCGUUCACGAACUUGAUUAAGACAUUAAGCACUUAGAAUGCUAAUUUAUAUAGUGAAAUUUUUGGAAAUCAAGCAUCAUGUUUCCUUCAAAAUUUUGACAUGUUUUUAACUUUAAAUGUUGUUUUUUUUUAAGUUUACUCAAACUCAUUAACAUAUUCAUCAGAAUUACACAAUAUUACUGUUUAUAUCCCUGACACCACAAUGAUACAGUAUAGCAAUCUGGUCUGAAUAGAUUGAGAAUUGUUUGAUAAUCAGAUUUAUUUUUGUUUGUAUAUAUAUCAUGAAAAUGUAUGUUUUUACAGUUUCAAUUAAUUAUCAGUGUUCAAAUCUUACAUAAGAUCAAUUUCAUGUCUGUUUCUGUAACAAUGCAUGCUCUUAGAAUUUAUAUGGAAGUUUUAGCUGUGAUUGCUAUUUUUCACUGUAGAAUACUGAUAUCAUGAGUGCAUGUAGUAAAGCAUAAGCUUCAGUCUACUCUAAAUCAUGGAAUGGUUCGCUCGCUUCAGGCAACAGACGAAGAUGUGUGUUGUGGUUUCCACGUCAGUAUCACCUUAGAUACUCCUGUAGGUUUUCCUCUUUUAUUCCCAAUGUGGCAAAAGAUUUUUAACUGUAGCUCAAUAAGAAUUAGAGAGUGUAUUUUACUGUAUAUCUGUGAUUACCCCCAUUUGGCAACUGUGAUACCCUACAAAUUGUAUUAUUAAUGAUACUGUGUUAUUACAUUAUUCGUUAGUGUGUUGAAAGUUCUAAUUACUUAUUAACUUAUUAGUCUCUUUGAUAGUCUAGUAGCUACUGCAUGUAUCUAUAGUUUUAUUUAAUUAGAAAAAAAGGAAACAUUCAAGUAAAAAAAAUACUAACCAAAAAAACAAAAAAAUACACAUAUCCUCCCCUCCCCCCAUUUCUCAGAAAAAAAAUCUAUGUAUGUACAGGUGUAAGUCACUGUGCUUUAAAUGUUGAAGAAACUGGAAAACCCAGAAAAAUUCUAUAAAUGUGCCAUGAACUGCAAUAAUUUCUAAUAUAACUGAGGGAAUGAACCCUGGCCGUCCUAAGGUGAAAAGUGAAAUGUGUGCUAUCCACUGCGGCAUGCAGCCAUUACACUUAAUAACUGACACAUUAUUUUAUUAGGCAUCAUAUAUUACAACUUACAAUGUUUUACAUACAAUUUCUGCAUAUUAGAUAUAUUAUAUAAACGUGUAAUAGAUUCAUCUGAUUUUUAAUUGAUAAGGGCAUUUGGCUUUGAUAAAUUGUGGCAGUGUUAAUUUUCUCUCCAUGUUCCAGUUGAAAUAGUACAAUUUGUAAAAUUUUCAAGUGAAAUACUGCCAUAAUUUUGUACAAAGUGACAGGACUUCAACAGAUAUAGCUUAUGUGUUGAAAAUUAGAGAAAGGUCUCCUGACCAAGACAAUCCAUAGUCUUUAAAAUUGGAACUUGAGAUCCUCUGCUAGACAUUUAGUUUCCACUUGGAGAUAGACAUUUGUAUGUUAAGGACUGGCUUGUCUGUUGUCACUAUAAUGUGAAUGGGAGGGAUGAGACAUUUGUAUGGUAAGGUCUGGCUUGUCUGUUGUCAGUAUAAUGUGAAUGGGAGGGAUGAGACAUUUGUAUGGUAAGGUCUGGCUUGUCUGUUGUCAGUAUAAUGUGAAUGGGUUUGAUGAGACAUUUGUAUGGUAAGGUCUGGCUUGUCUGUUGUCAGUAUAAUGUGAAUGGGAGGGAUGAGACAUUUGUAUGGUAAGGUCUGGCUUGUCUGUUGUCAGUAUAAUGUGAAUGGGAGGGAUGAGACAUUUGUAUGGUAAGGACUGGCUGGUCUGUUGUCAGUAUAAUGUGAAUGGGAGGGAUGAGACAUUUGUAUGGUAAGGUCUGGCUUGUCUGUUGUCAGUAUAAUGUGAAUGGGAGGGAUGAGACAUUUGUAUGGUAAGGUCUGGCUUGUCUGUUGUCAGUAUAAUGUGAAUGGGAGGGAGGAGACAUUUGUAUGGUAAGGUCUGGCUUGUCUGUUGUCAGUAUAAUGUGAAUGGGAGGGAUGAGACAUUUGUAUGGUAAGGACUGGCUUGUCUGUUGUCAGUAUAAUGUGAAUGGGAGGGAUGAGACAUUUGUAUGGUAAGGACUGGCUUGUCUGUUGUCAGUAUAAUGUGAAUGGGAGGGAUGAGACAUUUGUAUGGUAAGGUCUGGCUUGUCUGUUGUCAGUAUAAUGUGAAUGGGAGGGAUGAGACAUUUGUAUGGUAAGGUCUGGCUUGUCUGUUGUCAGUAUAAUGUGAAUGGGAGGGAUGAGACAUUUGUAUGGUAAGGACUGGCUGGUCUGUUGUCAGUAUAAUGUGAAUGGGAGGGAUGAGACAUUUGUAUGGUAAGGUCUGGCUUGUCUGUUGUCAGUAUAAUGUGAAUGGGAGGGAUGAGACAUUUGUAUGGUAAGGUCUGGCUUGUCUGUUGUCAGUAUAAUGUGAAUGGGAGGGAGGAGACAUUUGUAUGGUAAGGUCUGGCUUGUCUGUUGUCAGUAUAAUGUGAAUGGGAGGGAUGAGACAUUUGUAUGGUAAGGACUGGCUUGUCUGUUGUCAGUAUAAUGUGAAUGGGAGGGAUGAGACAUUUGUAUGGUAAGGACUGGCUUGUCUGUUGUCAGUAUAAUGUGAAUGGGAGGGAUGAGACAUUUGUAUGGUAAGGUCUGGCUUGUCUGUUGUCAGUAUAAUGUGAAUGGGAGGGAUAUCGUGUUACUCUGUCCAGUCGUGACAUCUCAGUGUGUAUUAGCACUAUAAUUUUUUCUCGAUUGAUCUAAUCAUUUGCAGACACUCUCUUCAUUCAUACGAGUUUGAUUUGUGAAGACAUUAAACCCUUAACAGACUUUGUAUUAGCAAGAUUUCGUGAAGUGUUCCAGCUUUAUUUUAUACUCUCUAUAUAGACAAGAGUGACAGUAUAAUAUUGAUAAAUGUCUGUAGAGUUUGAAAUAAAAGAUUAUUAGAAUCUUUCACUCCUUCAGGGGUGAAACAGGUAUCCUAACGUACCUCACAGGGUGUUCCUGGUUGCUAGGGAUGUGAUUGAUAGAAUAUUUCACUCCUUCGGGGGUGAGACAGGUAUCCUAACGUAUCUCACAGGGUGUUCCUGGUUGCUAGGGAUGUGAUUGAUAGAAUAUUUCACUCCUUCGGGGGUGAGACAGGUAUCCUAACGUACCUCACAGGUUGUUACUGGUUGCAUGGGAUGUGAUUGAUAGAAUAUUUCACUCCUUCGGGGGUGAGACAGGUAUCCUAACGUACCUCGAUGUUGUUCCUGUGGUUGCUAGGGAUGUGAUAAAUAGAAUCUGUCACCCCCUUGGGGAUGAAACGAGGGAAUCUCAACUCAAGGGGAGCGUUCUUAAGUUACCAAACACGAGGCUUGAAAAGUGUUUGCCAUCCUAAGUAUCCUUCCCCGAGGGUAUAGAUUCCCUUGUCUCACUUCCAUGGGGGUGAAUGAUUAUUUUUCUCUUACCCUGUUUACCCUCUUAUGUAUCUAAUAUUGACGUUACAUCAAUGUAAGGAAAUGUUGACGUGACGUGAUUGAAUUGUCAACAUGACAUCAUUGUAUUGUUGCCAUGACGUCAUGGAAUUGUUGAUGCGACGAAAUGUACUUGUUGUUUGGGUGAGACAAGAAAAUCACACACCGGUAAAACUGCGAGUCAUCCCUGUCCAGGGUAAGAGAAUCUAUUAAUCUCACCCUGAAACAAAUGAAGUUGACAAACAUGAGGCCUGACUUUGAGCUUGUCUAUAAGUACAUCACAGAGGACUGGUUGUAUUUUAACUCUUUAGUUGUAGGGCUGUAAUGCUGUAAUAGCUGAUGUAAAACCUGUUAAAUUCAUACUGUAUUUAGUCUAAUAAACGCCCCCUUCCAAAUAACCAUGUUUCAGUGAUAAUAUCUAUCCAUAUUUGUCCAUAGUUUAGAACAUUUAAUAGUUUAAAGCAAUGAUGUUUAUGUUAGUGUUGGUGCAAUUUCAUACACAAGUGCCAGAAUGUUUGUUACUAAUAGUUUUACAAUAUUUUGGACAGAUAAACAUUUUUUCAUGGUGUCAAACAAGUACAGUCAACAGACCUAACAGCUGUUACGGACUCUGACAUUUAGCUUUUUAUUAAAUGCCCACCCCCCCACCCUCGAAAAAUUGCAAGCCCCGGGGCGUUUAUUAGAAUAAAUAUGGUAACUGGAUGAUUAUUCUUCUAUGAUGCUUUCAUUGAUGGAGCAUAGAAUGGAAAUCAAUGAUGUAACUAGAUUCUGGUAUUGUUAUAUAGCGCACAAUGACAUCAUCCAAUUGUGAGUUGUGACACUUUCAGAAUGAUGAAGCUUUAAAGAAAGACAGAUUUGUCUUUUCCUACCAAAAACAGGAAUGUGCAUGUGAAGUGUGGUAAAGAUUACUUAACAAAUAUUUUGAUUUUGAUUCAAAUUAUGAUAUAUUAAUUUUAAAAUGUUAAUAUUCUGUAUUGGAGCCUAUGCUUGUUAGAGCUGAGUUCUCAUUAGAAAUUGUAAUAAAGACAUGGUGUACACUUCAAAAA